AUGGGUCAACGCGCUCUCCUAGGCACAACAGCUCGUCUCGCUUCGACACGCACUGCUCUACGUGCUCUACAAAGAGCUGCAAGGCCAACGCCGCACGGGUUGCUACGCAAAAUAGGCAAGUCCAUAACCGAAGAACCCCGCAUUUUCCAGGCCUGGGUGGGCCAAACGUCAAACCCAGACAGCGUUGACAUCGACCAGUACCCGUCAAUUACUACCCGUGAGUUCCUUGCCUCCCUAUCCGAAGGAGAUGAGUCAGAUGCUGAAGUCGAGAGAGCGCGUGGUCAACAGCAACCGACGCACACGCCAAGAACGCCACUACGGACCACUCAGCGACAUGCACCCUCGAGCGCACGGCAAACGGUGGCAGUUCCCAACCUAGCCACUGAGCCUAACGUUACCGACGAAGAUGCAGCCGAGCUGGAACUGAUUGAAUUCAUCCGAGAUCAGAGACCGCACCUCCUAGUUCCCAACCUAGCCACUGAGCCUAACGUUACCGACGAAGAUGCAGCCGAGCUGGAACUGAUUAAAUUCAUCCGAGAUCAGAGACCGCACCUCCUGCGAACGUACUUCAGCGAUCACUAG